UUUAUUUAGAAUGGUUGAGUCCCCCCUCACCGAUGGAACAGUCGACGCAUGCGUACUGAGGCUUGGGGGGCACUCCGGUACGAGACCAUCUGAGUGAAUACACAUUGUCACCAAGUGCUCUACAUCUGUGUGGAAAGGCGUGAGUUAUUCCCUAGUAUAAGAGGGAUCGGAGUCCAGUUAACAAAUGGUAGCAGAGGGUGGUUCCAGUAGUGAAGUUCGGACUGUCAUACUGGACCCCUAGUACCGUGUACGUGGUUCUGUCGACGAUUCUGUGUGCAGUGUUUUUGGCGCGGAUUUGACCCAAAAUGGCGACGUGCGAGGGAGGCGCGCGGACAAAAAUUCCACAGCUUGAUCUUGCAAACAAAAGCUACGAACAGUUCAGAUUUGAGUUACUUCUGUGGAACAAAAUUACGAAUAUCCCGAAGAAGAAACGAGGUAUUGAAAUCCUGCUGAGUCUACCGGAGGGAUCAAAAGAUGAGCACAAGACGAGGGAAUUCUUAGGUUCAAAACUCACGGAGGAGGAACUUGCCGCUGAGAAUUCAUUCCAAAAUGUACUUGACAAAAUGGACGAGCAUCUGCGAAGAGACAACACCGGCCGACUGUGGGAGGCAUUCGUUGCCUUCGACAAGUACAGCCGUGGUCCGACAACGACUAUCAGUGAGUACAUCUCCACAUUUGACAUAUUAUAUAACAAACUGAACAGAGCCGGUGAUGUGACCUUGCCUGAGUCCGUCCUGGGUCUACUACUUGUCCGCCGAGCCAACCUUACUCUAGAAGAGGCCAAGCUCGUAAUGACUGGAGUAGAUUAUUCCAAGGAAGACGUUAGUCUGUUCAUGCAAGCAAAAAGCAGCUUAAGAAAGUUCAGUGACGAACUGGUAUCGACACGUUCGUCUCAUUCAGGCGGCAUUCAGCAAGAGAUUGCACAUGUAACAGAAGCGGAAGUCUAUCAGACAUCCCGUGGCGGCGGUGCCAAAUGGUCCCGGGGUUCAGGACGCGGGUAUAGUAGACAGACAGGCACCGCUAGAAAUCGCAACGGACACUUCCAAGAUGGCGGGCGGUCAGGGUACUUCCAAGAUGGCGGCCCCCGGUCAGGGUACUUCCAAGAUGGCGGCCCCCGUGCGUCUUCUAGUAGACCAGGUCAGAAGUUUGAUUACGAUGGCGAAAAACUUAAUCCGAAAAACCGCCAGGGGGAUCUCAUGCGUUGUUUCCAUUGUGGCUCUUUCCGCCAUCUGCGUCGGAAAUGUCCAGACGCCAAGGCUCAGGAGGUCAAUCUGACAGAACAUGACGCUGAACAAGAAGAUGACCAACAGUUUGCCGUGUUGUUUACCGGUGGGACAAAAUGCCUGAUGUCAGAACUGUCAACUGAGGCAUCGCUAUGUGCGGUUUUAGAUUCUGCUUGCUCCUCUACGGUGUGUGGUGUCUCAUGGCUGAAAAAGUACCUGUCAGUUCUGGAUGAGACACGUCGCCAGUAUGUCAAGAAAGACACUAGUUCCCAUGUUUUCAAGUUUGGAGGAGGCGAGAAACUUCCCUCUCUAGGCAAGUAUAGCAUCCCUGCCACAAUGGCAGACAAGGAUGUUCUUAUCGUCACAGAUGUGGUUGACAGCGACAUUCCCCUCUUGUUGUCGUUAGAUUCUAUGAGAAAGGCAGAUAUCGUACUGCAUACACGUGAAGACAAAGCAACCAUCUUCGGCAAGUCUGUAAAUCUCAACCUGACAACAUCAGGACAUUAUUGUGUGUCGCUAGUGAGUGAUUCCAUUGAAGUCAGUGAGGUGAUGAAAGUCGACCUGGAGGAGGACAUGUCCAAGACUAGGAUGAAGCUGCUCCAUCUCCAUCGGCAAUUCGCACACCCGAACGCGGAGAAGUUGACCCAGUUGCUGAAAGGUGCGAAUUCAUGGAAGAAGCACUAUGCUCCCAUUCUGCAGGAGAUAGCCCACAGCUGUGAUGUUUGUAAGCGUUUCCAGCGAGGACCGGCUCGGCCGGUGGCAGCACUGCCUAAGUCAACGAGGUUCAACCAGGUCGUGGCAAUGGAUCUAAAGAAGUGGGGUGGACAAUACCUACUAUACUUUGUAGACGAAUAUUCACGACUGACAGUAGCGAAACGAAUUGGUAGAAAACAUCCCAAGGAGGUAGUGGAGGCAUUCAUGGAGUUAUGGAUGGCCUGUGGAUACGGUGUUCCAGAACAGAUCAUGGUCGAUAAUGGAGGUGAAUUCACCGCAGAAGAAAUCCUGGAGUUCAGCAGUAGGCUGAACAUACAAGUCAAUACCACAGCUGGCCAUUCACCGUUCUCAAAUGGGGUGUGUGAGCGUAAUCAUGCCGUGAUGGACGUCAUGCUUGAGAAGUUAGUAUACGAGAACCCUAAGAUACCCGUUGAUCAACUGAUUGCAUGGGCAUGCACCGCGAAGAAUGCCAUGGGGAUGUUUGCGGGGUAUUCACCAUACCAACUCGUUUUUGGUAGGAAUCCGACACUGCCGGGUUUUGACACACAUCCCCCAUCCACUAAUGAAAUCAAAGGUGAUGUUCUGCUGAAACACCUGACAGCUCUUGCUGCGGCGAGAAAGGCGUUCACCGAAGCCGAAUCGUCUGAACGAGUACGCAGAGCUCUCCGUCAUAAAAUCCGAGUUGCUGAACGUCAAUAUGUGCCGAAUGACCAAGUGUACUACAAGAAGGAUGACUCCUUAGAAUGGUUUGGUCCUGCUAAGGUUGUUGUGCAGGAUGGCAAAGUUGUCUUCAUUCGACAUGGGGCAUAUAUAAUUCGGGUGCACGUGAACAGAGUGGUCUUGGUGGGUCAGGAAUACCAGACUGCUUCCCCUGAAGACGAUGUCGUAAAUGCUCCAAUUGAGCGCCAGGGUGAUCUUUCCAACGAUCCGAGAGCUGAUCGUGAGCAGGGACGUCACGAAAAUACGACACCAAAAUCAGUUGUUGACACUGCUACAGAAGAAAACAGUGCUUUAAAGGAAACCUACAGCCCAGUAUCAUGGAAAAGGAAUGCAGAAGGCAGACUGCAGAGUGUUCAGCAUACCCAGAUGGAUGCUGACUCAAAGUCUCCAGACAUACUGUGUGUCAGCAGAGACAACGUAGUGUUACAGAGCAAAUUGUUAGAUACCAAUGUCCAGUGGGCAAGAGAAGAGGAACUCAAAAAACUGAAAGAUUUUGAGACCUUCGAUGUAGUUGAUGAUAAUGGGCAGGAACGUAUCUCAACCAGGUGGGUAGACACCAUGAAACCGGAUGGUACAAGAAAAUCACGACUGGUGGCGAGGGGCUUUGAAGAGCAAGACCCUGUACAAAGUGACAGCCCCACCAUAAGUAAAUCAGUUCUCCGCAUAUUCAUGGUCUUGUGUGCAAUGUAUGGAUGGGUUGUCAAGACCAUGGAUAUCAAAUCUGCUUUCCUACAAGGGGAAACGCUUACUCGUGAAGUCUUUGUGCAGCCUCCGAGAGGGUAUGAAACAGUAGGAAAGUUAUGGAAACUUCGAAAAUGCCUAUACGGUCUUAACGACGCGGCUAGGGCGUUCUACAUGUCAGUCAAGCACACACUCGUUGAUCUGAAGUGUCAGACUUCAGAGUUAGAGCCUGCCAUGUUUCUGUAUCAAGUGAAUGGAGUACUACACGGUUUCAUUCUGACCCAUGUAGAUGACUUCCUGUACGGUGGUGACGACUUGUUUGAAGACAGGGUCAUGAAGCCGCUCUCCGAGAAAUAUCACACCAGCAGGCAAGAAUCAGGGACUUUCACAUAUGUAGGCAUUAGUAUUGUGCAAGAUACUGACAAGGUAACUCUCCACCAAAAUGACUACCUUGAGGGUUUGUCUGAUGAUGCUCUUCCUCCUUUGUCCCAUGACAGCAGAGAUCUCAACAGUGAGGAAUACACUAUGUUCAGAUCCAUUGUGGGCAAGAUGAACUGGUUAUCCAGUGGUACACGGCCUGAUAUAUCAUUUAAGACAAUAGAUUUGUCCACAAAGUUUGCCCAUGCCACUACCACUCAUCUGAAUGAUGCGGUACAAACCGUCAGAAAGCUCAAGUUGUCCGCCACGCAAAUUGUAUAUCCUAGACUCAGCAGUAUGAAGGAUGUUAGUCUGACGGUUUUCGCGGAUGCCAGCCUAGCAAACCUAGAGAACAGUGGCAGCUGUGGUGGCCACCUAAUCUUCAUGACUGACUCCUGUGGGAAAGGUGCCCUUGUCGCCUGGCACAGUGGUAGAAUUAAACGGGUAUGUCGCAGCACUCUGGCAGCAGAAACCCUGGCGAUGACCAAUGCCCUUGAAGAAGCGGUGUACUUACGAGAGAUUCUGCAGAUCAGCACUGGACAGUUGGCCAUGCCAAUCUUGGCCAUCACAGAUAAUCGAAGCUUAGUACAGGCUGUAGAAUCUACGAGCCUUGUGCUGGAAAAACGUCUCAGAAUAGAAAUAUCUGUCAUCAAAGAACUUGUGGAACUCUCAGAUGUGACCUUAAAGUGGGUCCCAGGCAGGUGUCAGUUGGCGGACAUUAUGACGAAAAAAGGUGUGCCUGCCAACCCCCUAUUACAGGUCGUAACAACAGGACAUAUGGACAAAGUGCCAUAAGGCCAUUCAUGGUCAUACAGACUUUUCAACCAAACAUGGACACAGGGGAAGUUCAUUGAGGAGUGUAUUGUAUGUUUUACAAUGAUGUUUUGGAGAAGUGUUUUGGUUCAUUGAGGAGUAUAUUGUAUGUUUUACAAUGAUGUUUUGGAGAAGUAU